UUCCAAAGGAAGAGAUGGUCAAUAUCCGCAUGAAAGAUCGCCAAAAGGUUCCUCUAGAUUCUUCGAGGACGGAGGUGGGAGAGAUCGACACCAGGGCACCUUUCCAAUCUGUCAAAGCUGCUGUUAGUCUAUUUGGUGAAGUAGCUGUCUCUAGGGACAAAUCUGCUGCCAGGAAGUCAAAACUUUCUUCAGAGAAUAUACUGGACAAGGAGACACAACUUCUAUUGGCCCAGAAUGAACUAAACGAGAUUAAGCAACAUCUGGUGAAGACACAAUGUACAAAAACUCGGGCACUUACAGAGCUUGAAAAGGCUAAGAGAACAGUGCAAGAUUUGACCACCAAGCUCAAAUCUGUAAAUGAGUCCAAGCAAUCAGCAAUUGAAGCUGCAGAAGCUGUGAAGAAUAAAUCCAAGAACCUUGAAGUGGAAAAAUCAAGAAAUGCCAUUGGAUGUGAAGCUUGGAAACAAGAACUGGAUUAUGCAAGAAAGGAGUACACAACCAUUGUUACUGAACUUGAUUCUGCAAAGCAAGAGCUCAACAAAAUUCGGCAGGAUUUUGAUGCUGCCUUAGAAGCAAAAUUGGCUGCAUUCCAACAAGGAGCAGAAGCUAAGCGUUCUGUAAACAUUAACACAAAAAAGGCUAGGGAGCUUUCAAAGGAAAUUGCAGCAAUGCAAUCAUCAAUUCAACAUCUAAAGCAUGCCACCCCACACGCCCAACAAGAACACUCAAAGAUUGUGGCAGAAAAGGAUGCCUGCAUAGAAUCAUUCAAAUCUGCCAAGAGAGAAGUAGAUAAAAAAGUGUUGUCCUUGAAAAAAGAGGUUAAUCCUGAAUCAGAUAGAAAUUUAGAGGCUAAGUUUGCAGAAACAAGUGCAGAGAUUGAAGUCCUGCAAGAGGAGAUGAAGAAGGCACAUGCUUCUGAAAUGGAUAGUGUGAGAGUUGUAACCUCAGAGCUCAACGAAUCCACAAAGACACUGCAGAAACUUGCUGAAGAAGAAAGCUCUCUUCGAAAAUCAGUGAGUUCCCUUCGGCUGGAACUGGAGGAUGUGAAGAAAGAGCAGGCUGAAUUGAAGGAGAAGGAAGUGGCAGAAGAAUCCUUAGCUGCUAAACUGAAUACUGAAGUACAGAAUAGCAAGGCAGUGGCAGAACUGAAACUCCAGCAGCUAUUAUCAGAAGCUGAAAAUGCUGAACAGGAAGCAGAAGAGAUGAAGAGAAAUGCUAAUGAGCUGAGGCAAGAAGCUGAAGCCGCCACAAUUGCAUCAGAGGAAGCAGAGAAAAUACUAGAACUCGCCUUGAGAGAGGCUGAGGAAGCAAAGGCAGCUGAAAAGAGAGCCCUUGAUGAGAUGAGGAUUUUAUCUGAGAAAAAGAAUACUCUUCACUCUUUGAACUCAGAUUCUGCUCCAACGAUCAAGUUGUCAUUGAAGCGGUUUGACUCCUUGAGUAGGAAAGCCCAGGAGUCAAUAAAUUUGGCUGAAAAGCAAGAGCUAGCUGCCAUGGCUCAGUUAGAAGCAAUCAAUGCAAGUAAAAAUGAAGCAGAUAGAAAGUUGGAGGCCAAUUUGAAAGAAAUUGAUGAAAUGAAGACAGCAACCAAGAUAGCUCUGACAAAAGCAGAGAUGGCAGAAUCAGCAAAAACAAUGGUCGAGGGUGAACUACGGAGGUGGCGACAACAAGAAAAAAUUGGGAGUUCUGAAGCUUCUUCUUCUUUUAAAGAGGAUUCAGGGAGGUUGUCAGGGUCAACCCCCCUACUGCUUUAGGAUUGUAAAAGCAACACCUGCUAGAGAGAUCAGGAUGAACCAAGAGAAAAUAUGUGCUUUGCAAGAUCACGUUUGCUCAGUCUCAAUGACACUCUUGCAUUUGAAGAUAAA